UACUGUCGAUGCGGACUGUUGCUCUGUGGGCGGCUGAAACGAUAUCAAAGAGAAAAAAGGAUAAAUGUCAGCAAUGGAGGGGAAUUUCCACUUGCUUGUUCAGAGAUGCGGCGAAUCACGUGACCCACCACGCCGGGUCUCAUCGGCCGGUUACGUAGAGAAAGCUCGGAAGUUUCCAACAGUUAAGCGACUUCGGCGGGACCUUGGCUGGCGGUGUGGCCUUUAGCUCGGACCAGAAGUGGCUCCUAUACUGAGGUGAACUUCUAGCAUGUGAAUGUACUCUCCUGGCGUUUAGGCCGGUUCAGACAGUCUUUGCCUUUCUCAAAGCCUCUCUGGUGCCACCAACGCAAUGUCAAGCAGAAGGAAGUCCACGACCCCCUGCAUGGUGCUUCCAUCAGAUGUGGUGGAACAGGAUCCGGACAUGGAGACCCUGGCAGGGGAGGAAGGAGCUGAGAAUGCGGCAGAAGGCCCUACAGAAGGAGCGGUGGUUCCCAUGGAAACUGAGGGAGACCAUGAAGACAGUUCAAGCCAUUCUACAGGAAAACGCCCAAAUCAAACCACUGUGGAGCAGUCAGCCACCGAUCUAACCACUGAAGGAAGUUUAGCGCAAGCUGAGACAGAGGAGAGUGAAGACCCUUCGGUCACUGGAAUCUCUCUCAGCAAAACACCAAUCAUGAAAAAGAAGAGCAAGCCUGAGCCUAAGAGAAUAGCUGUGUCUCUCAAAGGGACAGAUGACAGCGACGCCUUGAUUGAAAGCGAGGGGGAUCCAGAACCGAUGGAGGCAUCCGUCGUGGGUACCUCUGUCACAGCUGAAAUGAUGAGCCCGGUUCUUGCUGAGUCUGCAAAGCCUGGUGUGCUUGUCAGCAUUCCCAAUCCAGUGCCCACUGAGCAGAAGAAGCCAGUUAUGAACCCUGCUACGGUGCUUCCUGCCGGCCUGGCCCAGGUUCUGUCAGCCCUGCAGGCCCAGCAGAGUGCACAGGCUCAGCUUCUGAUUCCAGUGAGCAGCAUUCCGACCUACAAUGCAGCCAUGGACUCCAAUGCACUGCUGGUGAACACCUACAAGAAGUUCCCUUAUCCCUCGGCACCUGAAAUCAUGGGCCUAGCAGCUCAGACCAAGUUCAGCGAGGAGCAGAUAAAGAUCUGGUUCUCUGCUCAACGUUUAAAGCAUGGUGUAAGCUGGACACCAGAGGAAGUUGAGGAGGCUAGGAGGAAGCAGUUUAAUGGCACAGUCCACACGGUACCCCAGACCAUUACAGUCAUACCAGCCCACCAUCUAUCUGCCACUAAUGGUCUGCAGUCUAUCCUUCAGACUUGCCAAAUCGUGGGCCAGCCAGGCCUGGUUCUAACGCAGGUCGGCACUGCAAACAGCCUGCCGGUCACCACCCCCAUCACACUGACCGUUGCAGGAAUGCCCAGUCAAAGCCAGGCACCCAAGAUCUCAAGCAAUCAGACCAGCCCUGCUGUUAGUGAAACAAAGCGAGCCACCACAGUCCAACCACCAUCACUGACCCCACAGGAGAACUCCGCCCUCAGCACCGAUCACUUUGGCCUACGGCCCAAGAAGUCAAAGGAGCAGCUGGCUGAGCUGAAAGCCAGCUACAUGAAGAACCAUUUUGCCAGUGAUUCUGAAAUAGCCAGGCUGAUGAAGCUGACCAACCUCACCAAAGGCGAGAUCAAGAAGUGGUUCAGCGAUACCCGUUACAACCAGCGCAAUUCCAAAAACAACCACUAUACUGUCUCCCAUGAGAGCGGCAGGGCCAGCAGCAACAACAGCAGCAGCAGCAGCAGCACAACCAUCGUCAUUGACUCCGGCAGUGAGACUCCGCAGUCCCCGACCACAUCGCCUAUCAAAGAGAAGGAAACCCGCACCAAAACCUGGAACCCCUUUCCAGAUUUCACUCUGCAGAAGUUUAAGGAGAAGACCCCAGAGCAGCUGGUGAUUUUAGAGGAGAGCUACCAGAAAUGCGAUACCCCGUCGGACGAAGAGCUGAGCCGGCUGAGGGCUGAAACAAAGCUCACCAGACGGGAGAUUGACGCUUGGUUUACAGAGAAGAGGAAAACCCCAGCUGCUGAGACAUCUGAAAAGAACGAUGGGGCCGAUGGCGAAACCUCCCAGGGUAAACGUAGCCAAACUCCACCUGGUUUGAAAAAGUUGUCCAAGGAGAAGAUAACCAAAAAAACUCCAGAGCAGCUCCACGUCCUCAAGAGCGCAUUCGUACGCACUCAGUGGCCUUCCGCCGAAGAAUAUGACCAGCUCGCUGAGGAGAGCGGGCUACCCCGCUCUUACAUCGUCAACUGGUUUGGAGAUACGCGCUAUGCCUGGAAGAAUGGCAACCUUAAGUGGUACUUCUAUUAUCAGAGUGGAAACGUGGAAGGUAUGAAUGGAAACAAAAGCAGAAAACGGAGAAUUCGGAACCGAGGCUGGGGAAGAUCUCGCAGCAGGAAAGCCAGGAAAUCCACGGGUCCAGAGAAGUCCCCGCCAAUGAAGUUUAAGACGGGGAAAGAUAUCCUAAAGGAAUACUACUUGAAGCACAAGUUCUUGAAUGAGCAGGAUCUGGACGAGCUGGUAGCCAAGUCUAACAUGAGCUACGAGCAAGUGAGGGAGUGGUUUGCCGAAGUUUGUCGGAAGGUGGACAUGGGCACUGACCCGUUUGAAGACAACACAGGCAAUGAGCAGGAAGAGGAGGAAUCCCAGGGGGAAAACGAAAUGGCGAGUGAAGAGCAAGGCCCCUUGGCCGCUGGAGAUGAAGACGGCGAUGAAGAUGAGGAGGAUGACGACGAGGAGACAGAUGACAGUGAAUCCUGGGAGCCUCCACAGAGUGUUAGAAAAACCUUGUCUGGUUCGGAAGAUCAGUGAUUUUAUUGAUUUUUUUUUCCUAUGUUUUAUGUCACUUUUGUCUGUGGACACAGUGCUUAGAAAGAUCAGUGAAGAAGAACAUUGACUAUGAAGAUCCAUUUACAGUAUGCUGACUAGUCCUACUUGCAUAGCUUUUUACGUUUCCCACCUUCUUGUUCAAGUUUUCUGAGCUUAGUCUUUUUGUUUCCUGAGCUUUGAAGAGACCGGUUCCAUCAGAAACUUCAGGAAUCUGUGUGCCCUGUUCGUUUGUGCACAGCAUUAGACCCAGAAUGAAGAAUCCUAAAAUCAGAAGUUGAGGCCUGAAGAGUCCAUUAUUCUUCAGUUGUGUGCAAUUUGAGUUUAAUUUAAGUGAGGAAAAUGAUUGUAAUCAGGUCUUUUAGGAUGCGCUUUCUUUCUUUCUUUCUUUCUUUCUUUCUUAAUACACGGGUCCUCCACCUGCCCCACGGAGGACUCAUGGUGCCAAAGUUACUUUUGCUGAAUGUUAUGGUUCCCUGUUGCUGAAAUGAAAAAUUCUUACAAAACACAAGUUUCUGUAUCCUCGAGAGAGAGAUGGAGACCUACACAUACAAUUGGGCACUUUGUAUUGAAUGUUAAAUGGAGGAGAGAAGGGAGGGACUUGCCUUUGAAGCCAUUUAAUGGUGGAAAAUCUCAAAUGUACCCAAUCAUUUUGUCCUUUAGUCUAAAAGACGUAGGCUAAUGAUAUUCACCACCACCAUCUAUCGGCUGUAGUCUGAAGUAAUACAGCACAACCAGUGACGACCUGCUGUUUUGACUGCCAGUAGCCGCUCUGGCAUCGUGACUGGGUCAAGUUUGCCAGGAUUCCGAGGGUUUUUUCCCGGAGCAGUGUGGAUGCACAAGACUGUUAGAAGACUGUAAUCAGUGCCUGUACAAAAGGAGGGGGUUGGACUGUAUGCUCGAGCUCGCGCUGUUUUGAGAGGGCUCUUUUAAAACGUUUUUUAAUUUGUGAUAAGGUGUAUGUGGGUCUUUUUUUUGCUGUUUGCUGAUUCUUACAAAACGGUAAUGUGUUUCUACGUGUGUACCGGAGGCUUAACCAGCCUUUUCCUGAGCUUAGCAGUAAGGAGGACUUUGCUUCACACUUUAAUGUAUUUUUAGGCUACCCAAAAUAAUGUAUUUCAACAAACUCCUCAAAUGAUAAAUCAGAUAAGAAUUUUUGGUUUUCUUUAUUACUAAUGCACACAAUGUUCAGUUUUUAAAAAUUGUCGGUAGCUAAAAAUUCUGCCAAUUUGCUUUUCUGUGAGAAGAGAACCUUGAUGGAUAAUUUAUUUACCAUGUAGCAUGGUAUAUGGUAUUUGAUUUUUUUUAUUGUAAAAUUUGAAUUAUUAUUAAUAUUGUAAUUAUUUUUCCCCAAUGAACAGACAGCACUAUUCUUGGUAUUUUUUAAACUGGCCCCUCUAGGUCCCCAUGCCAAUACUGCAUGCUUCAGCUGUUGAUGAUGAUGAAAAGGAUGGCUUAUUUUGUACAUACAUUUUGCUGUUGUAUUUUAUAAGUAGUUUUAAGCGUUUUUAUAAGUUUGUAUUUAUGAUGACAGAACCCACCCAGACCUACGUGGAUUGCUCGUACAGUAACCUUGUUUUGUGUGAUCUAAAACGAUUCUACUCGUCAGAUUUUAAAAGGAGUUUUGUCCUAAACUCCCGAGUUCUUGGUGAGCGUUAUUUGCUUAGCUUGCGAUCCUCUGGAGUCAUCCCUGUGAUUUCUGCACCUUUUAGUGUAUUAACAGUUAAGUAUGUGCUCAUAACUAUUGUCUGAAAAAUAACACAUUCAAAUCAUAUGUCAUUUCCAUAACUACUUACCAUAGCAGAAAAGAUCAAUUUUAGCAAAAAAAAAAAUUUUUUUUUUCUAGAUUUGAAAGCGAUGCAUAUGCUACCUUUUUUCCUAUGAAUGUCUGAUUAAGUGCAACUGUAUUUCUCCUGCCUCUUCCAUCUGUCACCAGUAGUGUUUACUGCAGUGCAUUUAUAAAAUAUCACAUAGAAUCACUGUAAGGCUCAGUAACACACUUUCAGAUAUGGGGGGAUAACAACGGGGACCAUCAUGGAGGUGACUUUGUAAAUCCUACUGAGCCCUAAAAUCGAAUUUGUUCACGCCGCCGUGGUGGCUAAAGCUUUAUUCCCCAGAGCUAUAGGCCUUGUGCAAUGCUUUUAAUUUAAAACUGAAAACUGUUUUAAUAGGCUGUGGCUUGGUUUAGACAGAAAAUAUAUUUUCUACUUGUUUGAAGACAACAAUAAAUUUAGAUGAAAACUUGUG